UUUUCUUUUUUUGGGGUCGAAUACUUGUUUCAAAUUUUUUUUCUCGGGUCUAAUGUUCCCUUUUACUAAGAGAUUGUGUUAAGGCUUUAUAGACAUGGUUUAAUUUUACCGUAAACCAUCUUUAAUAGAGUCGUUCUUAUGUGAACAAUAAUGUGAUCCAUAAUUUAUGGUACAGAAUCGCCCAUGUAUGAAUUACACAUUUGCAUUGAAAUUCAUUAUAAGUUUUCGAUGUGAUCAAUCCAUAUCUUUAUCAAAAGUUAGAUAAUCUGAUUUACUAGAAGAGGUACAAUGGCAAUUGGCAAGUGGGGAGCAUGUAACAGAAAGAAGACAGAAAAAUGUGAAUGAUGGUACUUUUGGUGCGGAGAACGGAGGCAAAUAUUUGAGGCGGGGUCGAAGAAUACUUGGUGAACAAGUUCAUGAAAGACUACUUGGGGGCAAAGUUUCAAAAGCCUAAACAUCAACGCAAAUUAAAAGGGAAUCUGGAAAAGGUAAGGAAAUGGAAAGGAGUUUUCCAUAGUCAAUGUUUGCUUUGUCGUUUCAUGCUUUUGCACAUUUUUGCCUGCUUUUGUUGGUUAGGAAAUUUUACUUUAUGCACUACUCUCUGCUUUGUUUAUUGAGAGUACAGAGAAGCCUGUAAAUUUCUUUGAUGUUAAUUAUUGAGUGAACAUUUAGUGUAUCCAAGCCUGUGUAUUUGUCUUUAGAAGAAUCUAGAUAAAGGUUUCUGAGUGAACCUUGAAAAUCCCAUUUGUAGUUCAUGUAAAAAAAUAAAAAAAAAAGAAGGCAAAAAAAAAAAGUGUUGCGUCAAAAAAACUGAACUUGACGUUUAAACUGAAGAGGCCGAUAGUGUAAGGAUUCAUAACUUUGGUUUAGCCAAAUUUUAGAAGAUAUGGAACAAUUUAUUACAUACUCUAAACCACUUGGGUGUUACAUACUCUAAAUUUGACAUUGUCUACAUGUAGCAAUAUGUGUAUCUAUUUAAAUUUGACAUCACUUUGGCGACGCAAUUUUUGUUAGCCUGGUAAAAACUAAUCAUAUUUUGAUGUGGAAUUCAAUGUCCGUAGGAAAAGGACCGCUAACUUACUAAUAAAGGACCAGAGAAUAUUUUUAUGACUUGAUCGAGGGAGAUUCCAAAAUGUAAACUAUUCUAACAAGCUAAUCUCCAAGAGGGGUUGAUGAAAAACAACAUUUAAAAAAAGAAAAAAAAAAGGGUGACGCGUCCGCAAAACUUGUUUCCUUGGAGGGAUUGGGGUGAGUUUGUCUACAAAAUACUUCACUCUGUUGAUGCUAUUGCAGCUUCUUCUUGCAUGAGAGAGAGAGAGAGAGAUGAACAGCUACUUCGGAUUGGAUCCCACUGAAGAACAAUUGGUGAGCUUCUUGAGGGAGAAGAAACAGAUUGACCACAUCAUCCCUGAGAUUUAUAUCGGCAACUACGUGCCUUGGGAUGUACCUGGGCUGUAUGCAGGGCUGUUCGCAGAGCCAGACUCGCCACAUCAGCCUAUGUUCUUCUUCAGCCCAAGGGAUUACAGGUACAUCGACAACAACUAUGCUCGCACUAACAGCGCCACUGCGCGAGGCUUCUGGAAAACCACAGGCAAAGAACGUGUGAUCAAGGCUCGAGGGUCCAUUUUGAGAGAGAGGACCUUGAUCUUCUAUGAAGGUCGUGUGCCUCCAUUUAACCAGACCAACUGGAUCAUGCAUGAAUAUAGUCUCAUUGAAGAUGAAGCCAACCCUACUCCUGAGCUGGCCCAGCAGAGGGGUUUUGUUCUGUGUUGCUUGAAGAAAAUACAAGAAAAGAAGGAUAGUUCAAUCUUUGCUCAACCUGAUGAAUGGCCCUUGAUUUCAGAGGAGUAUCCUCAGCCAGAAGAACCGGAAUGAAUCUUUCCUGCACUGAAGCUACAGGAUUACACACUGCAGAUGGACACAGAAGUGGGAGAUGUUUAGCAUGGGACCUGCUGGAGUCCUACUAUAUGUAUUAGUAUUAAACCUAUCUCUGUCACCUUCAAGUCUCAGUAAUAUGUAUUAGUAUAAUCAAACCUAUAUUUUUCUCUUCAUUUGUAUCCUUGUGACUA